CCUAAAAGAUUCAGUUUGCAACUUCAGGAUUGAAUUUUUCUUGGCGGUUCGCUUGAUUGAACUUUGGAGGUGAUUGCAUCCAGGAUUCAUUGGACUUGGGCUGAGUGACGGAGCUUCGAGUCUAACUCUAGUUUCGCGAGUUGAUCAUGCCAAAGGUUAAGGCCAAGAAAAUAACGACCGCAGGUGCGAGGAAGGGAGAUGACACACCGAAGAGGAGGCCGGGUCGGCCGAGAGGUCCACGGGCGACGUCAACCCCCGCAAGUGUGGAUCUGGGGCUGGGAGGCGGCAACAACGGGCCAGGAAGGAGCGGACCUGUGGUGUGGAUCAUAGGGGACUCGAUAGUGUUUUGGGCACAUCGCAGGGCGAAGAACAACGGCGAGGCUGACCUUGGACUUGGAACGUCGGUCCGCUGGUUGGGGAAAAGGGGGCUACGAAUUGAAGGGGUAAGCGAUUGGUUAGAUAAGAUGGGUCGGAGUGAACCAAAGCCUUCAGUAGUAGUAUUGCAUGUAGGAACGAAUGACAUUGAGGCACUGUCCAAGAAGAAGCUGGCUAGUUUGACGUAUAGACUUUUUGACGCCAAUAAGGACAAAUUUCAAAUAGUGUGGUCGGACAUUUUGGAGAGGGUUUGGUACCCCGCUGGCUGUACAGGAGAUCAAGGUAAAUUGGACUUAAAGAGAAGGGCGGCCAAUAGGUACGCCAAGGCUUUAGCUGCAAGAUUUCAUGGGCCUGUUUCAGAAAAAAAAUCAAAUCUAAAUGUCAAAAUAUGUGAAGGCAAAUUGAACAAACCAGAAGAGAUAUAA